GCCCGCAUCUGCCACCGCAGUCCGCUUGUCGUCGCCUGCGCCCCUGUACCCUAGGUCUGGAGAAGAACCCGCCCCGGGAAAGAAGCUAGGCCGGGUCCGCAACAUCAGCCAUCGCCUCGCACAAAGCAGCGCAGCUCCGGGACAGCCGAGAACCACACAGCACCACCCGGCAGCAGCGCGGCGACACUCCGUGCAUCGUAUGCCCCUGCGCCCCUGCCGCGGCAGCCGGAGCGCCCCGAGAGAACGCUCCACCGCGGGGUCCAGGUGCAGUUAGCGUGCUUAGCCCGCAUCGCGCGGUCGCGGGAGAGCGGGAAGCGGCAAGCAGGGAGCGGGACGGCGGCGAGGCGCUCGCGGGCCCCUCCUGCUGCCCGCGCCCGGCGAGCUCAUGGCGGCCAUCCGCAAGAAGCUGGUGGUGGUGGGCGACGGCGCGUGCGGCAAGACGUGCCUGCUGAUCGUGUUCAGUAAGGACGAGUUCCCCGAAGUGUACGUGCCCACCGUGUUCGAGAACUAUGUGGCGGACAUCGAGGUGGACGGCAAGCAGGUGGAGCUGGCGCUGUGGGACACGGCGGGCCAGGAGGACUACGAUCGUUUACGGCCGCUCUCCUACCCGGACACCGACGUCAUCCUUAUGUGCUUCUCGGUAGACAGCCCGGACUCUCUCGAGAACAUCCCCGAGAAGUGGGUGCCCGAGGUAAAGCACUUCUGCCCCAAUGUGCCCAUCAUCUUGGUGGCCAACAAAAAAGACCUGCGCAGCGAUGAGCAUGUCCGCACGGAGCUGGCCCGCAUGAAGCAGGAGCCAGUGCGCACGGAUGACGGCCGCGCCAUGGCGGUGCGCAUCCAAGCCUAUGACUACCUCGAGUGCUCGGCCAAGACCAAGGAGGGCGUGCGCGAGGUUUUCGAGACGGCCACGCGCGCCGCGCUGCAGAAGCGCUACGGAUCCCAGAAUGGCUGCAUCAACUGCUGCAAGGUGCUAUGAGGGCCGCGCCCUGCCUCACGCCCUUGCCAGCGUGGCUCCCCCUCCUUGGCCCGGUCGCCCACUAACCCGGAGAAAGGGAGACCCCUGCCCCCGAGGACACCACCAGACUGCCUGACAUCUGCUGGUGGCUCUGGCUGGUCACGCUGAAAAUUAGCGUGGGCACCGAGCUCCCCCCUUCCCAGUGUCUGUGUGUGUCCAGCUGUGUGGCACAGGCCUGGGCGCCCUGCUGAGUGCCAAGGGGUUCCUGAGCGUCCUUUUCUAAAGAGCCAGGCCUCGAAGUGUGGUUGUGUGUGUGUACGACUCCCUACACCCCUACCCCACUCCUGCCCCACCCCCGCCUCUGGUUUCCCCAGGGGCACGCAGAGUGGUUGAGCCCCAGCAGAUGUUCGCUUGUAACCAGCAAGCCACUACUGUUGCUCCAUGUCUGUAACAUAGACCCCCUGGAAUCACGGGAGGGGAGGGCUGGGGAGGAUGGGGAUGUUACAUAAAUACAGAUUUUAUUUUCGGAGGCAGAAUGGUAUUGUUUAGUGGUGAGUGGUGUGACCAGGGCCCAUGAGCAACUCUUCCCAGGCUGGGUCAGGAGCCCACCCAUCCAAGCAUGAACUGGACUCGGCCAUCUUUCCACACCCUGGGGAAGACAUUUGCAACUGACUUGGGGUUGAGAGGAAGCAGCUCCCAGACACAGUGUCUCCUGGGCCAAGCCCCAGCGAACCUCCUUUCCAGCCACCUGCAGAGGAUCCAGGGUGUGCUGUGGGGUCACUUUUGCCAUAAGCGAACUUUGUGCCUGUCCUACAAGUGAACAUUGUUCAGUCCGAGAGACUAUUGUUGCUGAAUUUAUUUAAAGGCUGAAGCUUUUUUUGUUGUUGAUGAAAGAAUUCUUUGCACAAUUGUCCCAUUGUUUGACACCCAGUGCACUUGUCAUUUGCAUAAGGCAGCAUUCUGACCACACUUGUAUGCUGUAACCUCAUCUACUUCUGAUGUUUUUUUUUUUUAAACAAACUAUGAUGACUUUAAGGAGAUUACAAAAAAGAUUCUAAUUUUUGCUUUGUUUUCUUGAAAAAAGUGUCAACCAUGUGACUUUUUAAAAAUUUGUGUAGCAUACGCACAGUUUUGGUAAAGGAAGGCAACACGUAUUGGGGUCUAUUUAAACCUCCCUCCCUCCCCCCACAAGACAAGUCUCUUCAUCUAUGUGAAAUUUUCUGUACAUUCUCUGUGCAGAGCAAAGCUUCCUCUUCCUUAUUCCCUCUUUUCCCAGCCCAGUGGUACUUCUACUAAAUUGUCUUGUUUUGUUUUUGUUUUAUUUUUUUUUAAAAUAAACUGACAGAUGACAAAGUGGUGAGCUUAUGAUGUUUACAUAAAAGUUCUAUAAGCUGUGUAUACAGUUUUUUAUGUAAAAUAUUAAAAGACUAUGAUGAUGACAUUUA